GGAGGGAAGGAAGGAGAGAGGAAAACAGGAAGGCAGGAAAGAAGGAGGGAGGGAGGGAGCGAAGGAAGGAAGACGCCCGCCAGGACAUCCUCCUCCUCCUCCUCCUCCUGGCCGCCGCCGCCGCCAUCGCGGGCCGGGCAGCCGCGGCGCUUCGGCCAGGGGAGUCGCGGGCGCCCGGGCUGCCGUGGCUGCUGCUGAGGCGGCGGCGGCGGCCAUGGAGCCGAAGCACAAAGAGCUGCUGGCCCGCUGUCAGCCGCGCCUGGCGGAGGCCAUGAGCGAGGUGGAGCAGGUGAUCGCGCUGCUGGAGGCGGCCGCCGUGCUGGGGCCCCGCGACCUGCUCCGCCUGCGGGAGGCCGGCCUGCCCGCCGCCGCGGGGCCGGGGGAAGGCGGCGAGGGCGGCGGCGGCGGCGGCGGCGGGGCCGGGGAGCCCCUCCCGGCCAGCGUGGCCAAGGCCGAGCUGCUGCUCCAGCUGCUGCUGGCCAAGGAGCGCGACCACUUCCAGGACUUGCGGGUGGCGCUGGAGAAGACGCAGCCUCACCUGCUCUCCAUCCUCUACCUGAACGCCCGCGAGGCGCGGCCGGAGGAGGCGGCAGGAUCAACGUAUAGCGUUCUUUCUAUAAUGCCUUCGGACUCUGAAAGCAGUAGUUCUCUCAGCAGUACGGGCACAACCGGCAAGGCCUCGGCGUCUCCCCCUCCUGCCCCGGUGGAGGUGAGGCAGAUGAAUGAAAAAGUGGAGACCAUCCUGUUUCAGCUUCGCCAAGUGACCCGCGAGCGGGACGACCUGCGCAAACGCCUCGCCCUGUCCUCCCCGGGGUCAACCUUUGAUGACUGCAGGCCUAACCCCAAACCAAACCACGAUUAUGAAAGACUGAAGGUACAGUGUAUGAAGGCAAUGUCAGAUCUACAGUCACUACAGAACCAACACACCAAGACACUAAUCAGAUGUGAAGAAGCUGCCAAGGAAGCUGAUUUCUACCAUACGUUACACAGCCGCCUGCUAGGCGACCAGUCCCAGCUGAAGGAAGACGUGGACACCUUGAAGAGGAAGAACAGCCAGUUUGUGCGGGAGCACAAUCACCUCCAGCAGUUGUGUGAGGAAAUGAAGAGGCUUCACGAGGAGGACCAGAAGGAAAUAACAAACUUACGCAGCCAACAGCAGCAGGUUAUGAAGCAGAAUGGGUCAUCGGAGAUCUUGAAUAAACUCUACGAUACAGCCAUGGAUAAGCUAGAAGUUGUGAAGAAGGACUACGAUGCACUAAGAAAGCGGUACAAUGAAAAAAUAGCCAGUCACAAUAGUGAUCUGAGCCGGUUAGAGCAGAUCGAAGAAGAAAACAAAUGUCUCCAGAAACAGAUGGACAUGUUGAUGAAGCAGCGGGACACAGCCAUCCACUUCCAGCAGCAAUGUUCUACUUCUCUGAGAAGAUUUGAGACCAUACAACAGGAGCUGAGCAAAGCCACAGCCCAGAACAAGGAGCUGCAGAGGGAGAUGGAAAGGCUGCAGUCGGAAGCCACAAGGUACAAAACGGUGCAGCUCAAGGCUGCCAAGGAUGCGGAGAAAUACAAGGAGGAACGGGACUCGGUCUUCAGCGAGUAUCGCCUCAUCAUGAGCGAGAGGGAUCAGGUGAUCAAAGAAGUAGACAAGCUUCAGACGGAGCUGGAGGUGGCAGAAUCCAAACUGAAAAACACGUCCUCGGAGAAGAAAGUGGCCAGUGAGGAAAUGGAAGCUUUAAGACAGGAGCUGAAUUCUGCUCUGGUGGAGCGGGACCGAGCCAUCUGCGAAAGGAAUGAGCUUCUGGAAAAAUAUUGCCAUGAAGUGAAGGAUAAGGCUGAGGCCCAGAAGGAGCUGGACCAGGCAUGUAAGGAUAUUGAGACCGUGAAAGAAGAGCGGGACGUAGCCAGGAAGGAGAGGACGGAAGCCAUUAUCCAGAGGGACCACCUACUACGAGAAUACUACCAGGCGCGCCAGAUACAAGAUUCAGCCACGCUGGAUGUAGAAAGGGCAAACAAAGAAAUAGAAAUCCUUCGGAAGCAGUACGAGGCCAUGUCACAGGAGUUAAGAGAAGCGACGCAAGAAGCAGAAGUUGCCAAAUGUAGACGGGAUUGGGCUUUCCAGGAGCGGGACAAGAUCGUUGCCGAACGAGAGAGCAUACGAACUUUGUGCGAUAACCUGAGACGGGAAAGGGACCGUGCCGUGAGCGACUUGGCGGAGGCCCUUCGCAACCUGGAUGACAUGAGAAAGCAAAAGAACGAUGCCGGACGUGAAUUGAAGGAACUGAAAGAGAAGAUGGAGAAUCAGUUGGAGAAAGAGGCACGGUUUCGGCAGCUGAUGGCUCACAGUUCCCACGAUUCCGCCAUCGACACAGAUUCCAUGGAGUGGGAAACGGAAGUAGUCGAGUUCGAGAAAGACAGAGAAGACAUGGAUUUGAAGGCUCUUGGUUUCGAUGUGGCCGAAGGAGUGAACGAACCUUAUCUUCCUGGAGACUGCGGGAUAUUUGUUACCAAAGUCGACAAAGGAAGCAUUGCAGACGGCCGAUUAAGGGUGAACGAUUGGCUCCUGAAGAUAAACGACGUGGAUCUUACCAACAAGGACAAAAAACAAGUCAUAAAAGCGGUCCUUAAUGGCGGAGGAGUUAUCAAUAUGGUGGUCCGGCGAAGGAAGUCCUUGGGAGGGAAGAUUGUGACCCCGCUACACAUCAGCCUUUCGGGCCACAAAGAUAGCGGAAUUGGUUUAGAAAAUGGCGUCUUUGUGGCCACCAUAACGACGGGCAGUCCAGCGGCCAAGGAUGGGUCCCUCACUGUGGGAGACAGGAUCAUUGCGAUAAAUGGAAUUGCACUAGAUAAUAAAUCACUGACGGAAUGCGAAGCUUUGCUGCGAAAUUGCCGGGAGUCUCUUACACUUUCAUUGAUGAAGGUUUAUCCUCAGAGCUCGUGUUCCUCUUGGAGUGGCCAAAACAUAUUUGAAAACCUUAAGGAUUCGGAGAAGAUCUCCAAUGGCAGGACUCACCCGUCAGACGUACAGGUUCAAAAUAAAAGGAACUUAAAACACAACAGUUCAACCCAAACCGAUAUUUUCAGCCCGGACAUAAUGGAUGUCAAGAAGGAUCAGAGCGAUCAAGAGAACAGCUUGUACUGCAGUCUGAAACCGUUUUCCAGUAGCGUUUUACAUACCGACUCCCACAGGAACACAGUCCACGAGUGCCACAGUAAUUCGGAACACAGCCUCGGAUCCUUCGGUCCCGAUGGGUACGGAGACCCAAGUUACGGGAUAGUGAACCUGGACAACCAGAGGCUCUCCUUUGAACCCACAGUCGCAGAUUGCCUUGUGCUUGAGAGCGCCUUAGACAAAGGACCGGGCGGGAAACACAGCGGUGGCACCUGGCCCAAAGUGCUGGUCAACUUAGGUCCGGCAGAAACGGAAAAAUUCUCCGUGUACAAAAAGCCCAAACAAAGGAAAUCCAUCUUUGACCCGGACACUUUCAAAAGACCCUUGACGCCUCCCAAGAUGGAUUAUCUGUCUCCCAAUCCGAUGUUGGGACCGUCAGCCCAGCCUUCCAAAGCAGAAGCCGUCUCCACUCCGCCAACACCUCCAACUAGAAGCGAUUCUAUUAAAUUUAAACACAAACAGCAGGCCAGCUCUACCUCGGAGUCUACCGUGACCACGGGAUCCCCCCCUCCUAGUCCAGCGACAGUCCAGCCCCCACUUUCCAUUGAACAGAAGCCAGACUCCUGUGUUCUCAAGGGGCGAGGUAGACCCUCAGGACAAUACUACAGGGAGGAGGCGGGAGACCCUGGACACUUGCCUUCAAGAAAACCCUGUGAAGAGGACCUUGGCUUUCAAAGAGCAGAAGAGCCUGAAAUUAAAAGACCAAGGCCCAAAUCUGCUCCCGCCUUCAGGCAUAAACUAAACCCCGUGCCCAUCCCUAAUCCAUCUCAGCAGGUACAGAAAUACAUUCCAGCAAGUGAAGAGUUCCUGUCUCCGGAGGCACAAGAAUGGCCGACAUAUUCACCCAAACGGGCGAGUCGUCACAGCGAUGGUUUCGUGUCGGCCUGUUUAUACUCCGGAAGCUUAUCAGGAGGUACCAUCCCAAGAAACAUUGCGCCGUGUUCUGCUGUGACAGCAGUGAUGAGAAAUCCCAUUUACACAGCCUGGAGCCAUAGAAUUGCCACCACCAACUGCUCAUCUGCAGCCAAUCAAUACUGCCACCUCCAUCCCAGUGCUCAGCACCAGGGACAUCUGAGCUUGGAUCUGAGUCACAAGCACUCCAGUGAGUGCUCCGAAAAUACGCGCUCAAGAUCGUCCCAUGGUUCAAAUUCAUUGCCUUCUAGCGCAAGACUGGGUUCCUCCAGCAAUUUACAGUAUAGAACAGAACGAAUAAAGAUACCUUUGACACCACGGUACCCAAGGUCCAUCAUUGGUUCUGACAGAGGUUCCUUGUCUCAUUCCGAAUGUAGCAGUCCCAGCUUGGUAACCCCACCCCAGUCGCCGCUUAACUUGGAGACCUCAUCUUUUGCCAGUAGCCAGUCACAAAAUUCUCUUUCCACCUUGCCCAGGAUUUCAGUGAGCCCGGUCUCCAUGGGGCAACGUCGAAAAGACAAACUCUACAUGGAAGAACCACGUCACGUCAAAGUGCAAAAGGACGCCGAACCUCUGGGGAUCUCCAUUGUCUGCGGGGAAAAUGGUGGGAUAUUCGUGUCGAAAGUAACCGGUGGCAGCAUCGCCCAUCAGGCCGGGCUUGAAUAUGGCGAUCAGUUGUUAGAGUUUAAUGGAAUCAACUUGCGAAACGCUACAGAACAACAAGCUCGGCUGAUCAUUGGACAGCAGUGCGAUACCAUAACUAUUUUGGCACAGUACAAUCCUCACAUGUUCCAGCUGGGCAAUCAUUCACGAUCAAGCUCCCGCCUGGAACCAGCGAGUAGCCAUUCCCCUCCACAAGGCCCAACUCCGGACAGCCAUUCCAUAAUUGAUACUGUGAGCGAACAAGAUGAAGGGACCAUGACCCCUCCCUCCAAGGAGACCACGCCCACCACCAGUCCCCGCAAUUCGGUUAGGAGUUCUGCUGACACGAUUAAAAGGACACCUGAACCCAGAACGGUGAACAUCAAGAAACCUCAGGCGGAGGUCGGAAUCCAAAUCAGCGGUGGGAACGUGCACGGAAUAUUUGUCUCUGAUCUAGAAGAUGACAGCCCAGCCAAAGGACCUGAAGGCCUGAGGCCAGGAGAUCUAAUAGUGGAGUACGGAUCCGUUGACAUGCGAAAUAAAACAGCUGAGGAAGCUUACCUUGAAAUGCUCAAACCGGGUGACACUAUCAGAAUAAAAGCUCAGUACAGAAUUGAAGAAUUCAACAGAAUCAAAGAUUUACCUGGAGAUGGUUUCUAUGUCAGGGCCCUCUAUGACCGACUAGCAGAAGUCAAGCAGGACUUGAGUUUCAAAAAAGAUGACAUUUUGUACGUUGAUGACACUCUGCCCCAAGGGAACUUCGGCUGUUGGAUGGCUUGGCAGCUGGAUGAAAACGCUCAGAAGCUGGAAAGAGGACAGAUCCCCAGCAAAUACAUAAUGGAGCAGGAAUUCUACCGGAGGCACAGCAUGUCCGAGGCCAAAGAUGAGAACAGUUCCUCAAAGACCUCGUCCGCUGCGGCUCGCAGGUCCUUCUUCAGAAGGAAACACAAACACAAGCGCAGCGGGUCCAAAGACGGCAAAGAUCUGCUGGCCCUCGACACCAUCAGCAACGACUCCAUUCCUUUCCUGGAUGAUGCUGUCAGCCUGGCAUAUCAACGAGUCCAAAAGGUAGACUGCACAUCUCCUAGACCGGUGCUUAUCCUUGGGCCGUUACUUGAUGCUGUGAAAGAUAUGUUGGUCAAAGAAUCACCAGAGAAAUUUUGCAGAUGUCCCCUUGAGGUGAUGAAAGCUUCACAACAAGCCAUUGAACGGGGCGUGAAAGACUGUCUGUUCAUAGAUUAUAAACGGAGGAGUGGACAUUUUGACGUGACAACCGUCGCUUCCAUAAAGGAGAUAACCGAGAAGGACUGUCACUGCCUCCUGGACAUCGCACCUCACGCCAUUGAGCGGCUGCACAGCAUUCACAUCUACCCAAUAGUCAUCUUCGUUCGCUACAAAAAUGCCAAGCAGAUCAAGGAGCAAAAAGAUCCUGUCUUCUUGAAAGACAAGGUGACACAGAAACAUUCCAAAGAACAGUUUGAGACGGCUCAGAAGAUAGAACAGGAAUAUAGCAAGUAUUUCACAGGCAUUGUCCAAGGAGGACCACUUCCAGCCAUUUGCACUCAAAUCUUGGCCACCGUGGAUCAAGAGCAGAACAAAGUCCUGUGGAUUCCUGCUGGCCCCCAAUAGAUGGACGCUGUGGAAAAAAAAUAAAAUACUGUAACUGCAACAGAUUCUACGUGAAUGGCUGAUGGGGUUAUCUGUGUGGUAGGUUGGAAAGCAUCUCACGCCACGUUAUCGGCGACUUGUGUUUGGAAGGAAGCGAUCCGUUGCUGACAGCAGAAUUCUUCCGAUGUUUCUCUCGCCACGGACGAUCAAAUCCAGUUCUUUUUUUUUUUCCAGAAAAAAAAAAAAAACUUUGCAAAGCUGCAAGAAAAAGAAAAAGAAGAAGAAGAAUCGUUUAGGUUACGUUUACAAAACCUUUGCCCUUCUCCCCAAUAUUUUGGGUUUGUGUUUACUUGAAUUUUUUUAAACAACAACAACAAGCAAUCGUUUUUUGAGCUUCUCCUCGGCUGCCCCCCUCCCCCUCCACACACACACACCCCAUGACAACGGUGUGAGAAGGAACUCUCUUUCUUGAAGUGUGCAGCCGUUUUAGGCCAGGAUUGCAUGCAUGAAUUUUGAGGAGUGGGCUUCCCCUACAGGUACUUGAUGGGGAAAAGGAAAUCCCCCCCCAAUGGGUCAGGCCACUGUGUGCGUGUGUGUGUGUGUGCGUGUGUGUGCGUCCAGUGUUCUUUGUCCAAAGUUACUGGUUUAUUUUAUGCAUAACUUUUUGGUAUUUAAAUCUCAUGCUGUAUGCUCCUUGUCUCUUUAAGAAUUGGGUUUGGGCUUUGUGUCAAACCACAAAUAAAAAAGGGGGGGUUAUAAGUUAGGCCUAGGCUGUUUAUGUUAACCAUGUGUAGAUAGUUUACACAACAUUGGUGAAAGUUGGUCCUUGGAGUAAAAUAGCCAUAGGGAUUUUUUUUAUUAUUUAAUUAGAAGCAAGUUCAGUUUUAGGGGACCCUGACAGCUUCUCUAGUGUGAUCUAUAACUGAUAGUUUUACCCCUGUUGGGAAAAAAUAACAACAACAACAACAACAACAUGUGUACGCUUUUGUUUUUUUAAAUUUGUUAGAAUUUGUAUUUCCUGGCUGUAUCGAUCUCCACUGUAUAUUGCUUCCCCCUCCCUUCUCUUCCUUUUUUAUUUUUAAAAAAUAGGACUUUUUUUCCUCCCCCACCCGUCAUUUUAUUAUAUUUUUUCCUUCGUAAAAUAAUUGCAUGUCGUGUUUUGUCGAUGCCCUACCUUGAUUGCUAAAAGAUUUUGUUUAGAGCCGCGUUUGUGGCUAACACGUUCCUAACAUUUCAUUAGAUAGAUUUUUGUUCUGUGGGCUUGCCUUCCAGUUUUGAGAUUUUUUUCCCUUUUUUUAUUUGCAUUAAUUUUAAAAAAAAAGGGAUUUUUCUUGCACAAUGACUCAAAAGCAGCACUUGGUUAGAAAUUAUAUCUUUUGUUUUACAGAUACUAUUUUGUAGUACUGAAUACCACAGAGAAAGGAAAAAAAAUGUAGAAAGGUUAUAAUACAUGCAGAGUGAAAAUUUUGUUUAUACGUUGAGGGACAGCAGUUCUAUUUUUUUUUUUUCAAAGGAAAGAGGCUUCAGGUGGACGAUGGUACGACUGAAAGAAACCAAUACUGUUCCAACCGUAAAUUUUCUGUACUAAAAAUGUCACUUUAUAUCAAAACAAAAAUAAAAGAAACUUAAGUAUUGUGUUAAAUAAAGGUCAAUUUCUAUAAUUUGAA